AUGGAUAAUAUUGAGUUCUUUCAAAUUCCUAAUUCCAAUGCGAGUUCCACUCCCCAGCGUGGAAUAACCGCACCACCAAUAUCAACCCCUUUACCACGUCAAUCCUCAACACCAAUUGAAGCGCUAUUUACACCGGUUACACCUAACUGUGAGACCUCACAAACACCAAUUGCUCCAAGCAUUGAGCGCAGCCAAUUGCGUGAGGCUUCUCAAUUGAGAAAUAUUAGUUCAAACGCACGUGGCAGGACCCUCAACGAAGAUGAGGUUCUUGUUCUUUUCAACUGCGCUCUAGCGCUUCAGGAUCAAUAUAAUGGCGGUAAAAAGAGCUUUUGGGAGCUCGUGGAGGCUCAAUUUAUCAUUGAGGCGCGACACUCUUACUCAUGGAAAUCCUGCAAGAGCAAAAUUGAGGCUCGCGUACGCGCGAGGGAGGCCUACACGCAGAAAUAUGAGACCGGCCGGGAAACCGAGGCCUCAACACCUCUCGAUGUCGCUAUUGAUGAGUGGAUUGAGUUCUUACAAGAGUAUUCAGAGGAAGAGAAGGAGGAGUCUGCUCAAAAACGCAAGAUAUAUUAUUUCAACAGCAACAAGUUCUUUACCGUGACGGUCUUCUUGAAACUAUGGAAAAGGCAGCCAAGAGACGUGCUCAAUCAAGUCAAUUAA